GACACCAACACAAACCAAACUAACACAAUUGAUCGAGAGAGGGACAGAGUGCACGAUAAGGCACUGAUGCAGCAGAAGGGAAGAGCAAACAAUCGUAGAUCGAGGAGCUUCUCCAGAUCUCGUGUUGCGGUCGACGGUUAUUAAUCCUUCCUCAUUUCUCCCCUUCUCAGAUCCAUCCCCAUUUUUCUCUCUCUCUCUCUCUUUCUAUAAUUUCACGUUCAUUUCUUCUCUACCUAUCGGUCUGUUUUCACCAUCUCUGUAGAAGAGUCAACCAUGGCUGCUCAUGGACAAGAACGUGAGAUUCAAAAGAGCUACUGGAUCGAGCACUCUGCCGACCUCACCGUGGAGGCUAUGAUGCUCGACUCCAAAGCCGCUGAUCUCGACAAAGAAGAGAGACCUGAGGUACUUGCUCUGCUUCCACCAUAUGAAGGAAAAUCAAUUCUGGAACUAGGAGCUGGCAUUGGUCGUUUUACUGGAGAAUUAGCUAAGAAGGCUGGUCAGGUUCUAGCUCUGGACUUUAUUGAAAGUGUGAUAAAGAAGAAUGAAAACAUCAAUGGACAUUUUAAAAAUGUUAAGUUUAUGUGUGCUGAUGUGACAUCCCCAGAUUUAAAUAUUUCAGCAGAAUCAAUGGACUUGAUAUUCUCAAACUGGCUACUGAUGUAUCUCUCCGACAAAGAGGUUGAGAAUCUUGUUCAAAGAAUGGUAAAAUGGUUGAAGGUUGGUGGAUUUAUAUUCUUCAGAGAAUCAUGUUUCCAUCAAUCUGGAGAUUGUAAGCGAAAGAACAACCCGACCCAUUACCGGGAGCCUAGAUAUUAUACAAAGGUCUUCAAGGAAUGCCAUAUGAACAAUGGUUCUGGGAAUUCCUAUGAACUCUCUCUUAUUGGCUGUAAAUGCAUUGGAGCUUAUGUGAGGAACAAAAAAAACCAAAAUCAGAUUUGCUGGAUAUGGCAGAAAGUCUGUUCCGAGGAAGAUAGGGGAUUCCAGCGUUUCUUGGAUAAUGUUCAGUAUAAAUGUAAUGGCAUACUGCGAUAUGAACGCGUCUUUGGACCGGGUUUUGUUAGCACAGGGGGGAUUGAGACGACAAAAGAAUUUGUUGCGAAGCUGGAUCUUAAGCCUGGUCAGAAAGUCUUGGAUGUGGGCUGCGGCAUUGGUGGAGGUGACUUUUACAUGGCUGAGACCUUUGAUGUUCAUGUUCUUGGCAUUGACCUCUCUAUAAACAUGGUUUCUUUUGCUCUGGAGCGAGCAAUUGGUCUCAAAUAUUCAGUCGAAUUUGAGGUUGCUGAUUGCACCAAGAAAACAUAUGCGGACAAUAUGUUCGAUGUGAUCUACAGCCGUGACACCAUUCUCCACAUUCAAGACAAACCUGCAUUGUUCAAAUCUUUUCACAAAUGGUUGAAGCCAGGAGGAAAAGUUCUUAUUAGUGAUUACUGCAAGAGCACUGGACCACCAUCACCAGAAUUUGCAGCAUAUAUUCAGCAAAGAGGAUAUGAUCUUCACAGUGUUGAAGCAUAUGGCCAGAUGCUUAAGGAUGCUGGUUUUGAUGAGGUUGUUGCAGAGGAUCGAACAAAUCAGUUUGUGAAAGUUUUGCAGAGGGAACUAAAUGAAGUCGAGAAGGAUAAGGAAGCAUUCAUCCAAAACUUCUCUGAAGAGGAUUAUAAUGACAUAGUUGGCGGUUGGAAAGCGAAGAUGAUCAGGAGUUCAUCGGGCGAGCAGAGGUGGGGCCUGUUUAUUGCGAAGAAAAAGUGAUUCCCAACAACACUGUGUGUUCUGUUUGGUGCUUUUUUUAUCGUGCUUUAGGUUCAAGGAACUUGCGAGUAGAGUAAAAUGGGAGCCCUUUCUACAUUGGCUCUCUUGUGAUAAAACACUAGUAUAUCUAAGUAAAACUUGAGUUUGAGGUUAUUAUUGUUUUAUGAUGUUGUAUUUUAAGUCCUGGUUGGAUAGACAAUAACCUUCUCUACUUAUCAUAAGUGUGGUUUGGUUAUUCAAUUAAAACCUCACUAUCAUUAGGUGGCAUUUUUUUUGUU